AUGGUUGAUGAUCCAAGCUCAACGUUUGGAAGUACUCGUGCAAUCACCAACCCCGAUCCAGCAAGAUUCAUAAAAAUCAGGUCUAGUCCAGAAGAGCAGCAGAACUUCAGUUUACUGGAAAAUUUGAUGCGAGAAUUUGCUCCAAUUAUGACUCUUAUGGAUUUGAAAUCAAGCUCUCUCGAAGACUUUAUCUGCGGUUAUUGGCGCAACCGUAUAUCCAAACUGUUCACGGUCGAUCCUGAGUUCGUCAACAUUAUUCAUGAUAGUCAAGCACGCAUGAACUUCCAUGUCCUACAUGAAAGGCUUCGCUGUAUGCUGGGUAAAGAAUUUGAACUCCAAAGACUGUAUGACAAGUCACGCAACUUUAGUCAGAAGGCUCUGGGUUAUGGCUGCAGCGAGUACGCACAAUGA